AACGAAUGCGAAGCCCUGGAUUGCGCGCGCGUAUGUGUGUUUGUUUAUGUGUGUGUGAGCAGAGGAGGGCGAAAACAAUCGACCAAUGGAAAACAUAAACAUUUAAUUUUGGACAUAUUUGGUAUCAGAACUAAAUGACCGGCUCAACAUGUCACUGCCGCGGAUCACGGACUUCGAAAUUCUCGAAAAACUCGGAGCUGGCAGCUAUGCGACCGUUUACAAAGCGCGGCACAAAAAACAGCGCACUUAUCACGCCAUCAAGUAUGUGGAAAUGUCGACGUUGUCGCAAACCUCGCGGGAAAACCUAAUCACCGAAAUACGCCUCCUCCGGGAACUCAAGCACAAGUACAUUGUGACCCUGCAGGAUUUCUUCUGGGACGACAAAAACAUUUACAUCGUUUUGGAGUAUUGCAAUGCCGGCAAUCUAUCCGCUUUUAUACGAACCAAGAAGGCAUUGCCGGAGAGCACCUGUCGCUACUUUCUGCGCCAACUGGCGGCCGCUGUGCAGUACAUGCGAGCCAAUGAUGUGUCCCACUUCGACCUUAAGCCACAGAACCUGCUGCUCACCCGUGGAGCCAAUAAUGUGUCCUUGAAGGUGGCAGACUUUGGGUUUGCUCAGCACCUGAAACUGGGCGAAAUCAAUCAACAGCUGAAAGGAUCGCCACUCUACAUGGCGCCGGAGAUUGUGCGCAAGCAUCAGUACGAUGCCAAGGCGGAUCUCUGGAGCAUCGGGGUGAUACUCUACGAAUGUCUAUUCGGCAAGGCGCCUUAUAGUUCGCGUACCAUUGAGGAGCUAUUGCUGCGGAUCAGGAAGGCUGAGGCCAUAACACUGCCACCAAACGCUCGGAUCAGCAACGAGUGCCAUGAUCUCCUGCGUCGCCUUUUAGCCCACGAGCCCACGGCGCGCAUUUCGUUUGCGGACUUUUUUGCGCAUCCUUUUCUCGAUCUCAAGACGUUUCCCACGGAGCACACUCUGCAAAAGGCCAUUGAUCUGGUCACGCAGGCAUGCGCCUACGAUGAGAAACGCAACUACAAGGAGGCUUACUAUCUGUACUGCAGUGCCCUGCAGUAUUUUGUGCCGCUAAUCACGGAGGAGGCGGAUGCCACCAAGCGGCUGGCAUUGCGCAAUCGUGCCUUGUCCUACACAAAGCGCGCCGAGGAAAUCAAGAAUUGCAUAAUCGAGGACGAGUACAGGAUGUUGGCUGAACGGCAGCGAAAAGCGGAUACAGCUGCCACAGCUAACCAAGAGUCCUCUCCAGCUACCCAGUUACCCGCUGCGCAGCCCAGCAGCUCGCGGGUCGCGGAGAUGCUGGAACCGGAUGCCCGCUAUAAACAGCUAUAUGCCCUUUCGAACUCAAGUCCGUCCCUGAAGACUGGCCUGGAAAUCGGACGGAAGGGUGAGCUAUACCUCUACGAACGGAAGCUGGACGCAGCCCUGGAGUCGUAUACCUCAGCGCUGGGCAUUCUGGUGCCGUUCGUGAAUAAUGAACCAAAGGGCGAACGCCGCAAUCUGUUGCUGCAGCAGCUGGAGUUCUGGAUGAAGGAGGCGGAGAGCAUCAAGAGCAUUUUGAGCGCCAAGCACUUGGACGAGGAGGAGCAGAAGCUGUCCACGGUACGCAGCUGCAGCAUACAGUAGACAACAUAAAAUAUAAUUGAAUUCGAUGAGCAAUUUUCGGCGCCUGGUGCGCAUUUGUUAGAGUAUUUUUGUAGGUCGAUGCGAUGUGCGAGGAGCAUCGCUUAGUCACGUAGCCUUCUAUGAUCUUAUAUACAAUAUACAGAUAUACAAAUGUCUCUCCUAGACUCGCUUUCUAUGUACAGCAUUAUCAUGAACGCUUUGGUAACGCUCCCCAAAACCCUAUUAUGUAUUUAUUGGUAUUCGUAUUCGUAAUUGUUAUGUAAGUCCUAACACCGAGGCCUUCUACUUGUAUACUGACCCUCUUGUUUGCAGCUGAAAACCGUUGUUAAGUUUUAAACCAUUUGAUUUUCUAUUUUAAGCGCACUUCAUUGAGAACCGUCACAUUCCAGGGCUGGUCAAAUCCGCCGCUACUUUAUUUCAUUUUGAUCAUAGUGCUUAAUUUGAUUAAAAUUGUUUAAACAUAACCGAAACAGUUUCGUUUUAUAUUGGUCAAGAAUGCGAUAGUGGCGCUCUCUUUUAAUCGAGUAGUUUUAAUCUCCUAUCAGUCCUAUCAAUUGCUGUAAAUUAUCGUAAUCAAUAUCAAUAUGGGCAAUGUCAGAAG